UAUAUAUUUAAAAAAAUAAAAAAGUGAAAGAUUUGAAAAAAAUAGGAACCAAAACAAAUAAAGAGUGAGAGAGAAAGAGGCUUUCGAUCUAAUCCAUUAAUCUUUAAAAUUUUUUUGGUUUUUUUUUUUUUUUUUUUUUUUUUUUUUUUUGGAAGAGAGUUGGAUGUGAUGAGUAAAGAGCAAACGAAGCAAAAUAGGACAUGGGGGACUUGGGAGGAGCUGUUGCUGGCAUGCGCCGUGAAGCGCCACGGCUUGAGCGACUGGGACUCCGUAGCCAUGGAAGUUCAGAGCCGAACAUCUCUCCCUCAUCUACUCACCACCGCCCAGAACUGCCGGCUCAAGUACAACGACCUCAGCCGCCGCUUCACCUCCACCGACGUCGUCUUCGACCAUUCCCGGCCGGAGAAUGGCUCCGGCGUCGCUGCCGUCACGGUCGAUGAUAUUCCCUGGCUCGAUCAGUUGAGGAAGCUUCGAGUCGACGAACUCCGUCAAGAGCUCGAGCGCUACGACGUUUCCAUUUUGUCGCUGCAGUUGAAGGUGAAGGAAUUGGAAGAAGAACGAGAACAGGGAUUGAAGGACGACGAGGGCCAUAAAUCAAAAUCAGAUCUGGAGGAUUCUAACCAAUACAGAUCAGAAAACGACAAAUCGCAAAACGAUCAAAAAGAAACGGACAAAAACGGCGACGCGGUGGUGGUUCUCGGUGGACAACCCGACCCGGAGAACCAUUCCGUCAAGGAGUCCAACUCGACGGGUCGGAAAAGCGACAACGACAAGGUCGGUGGCGAGGAGAUAAAAUCCGAAUUGGAACAGGACCGUAGCGGUCCAGGAGAGGACGGCCCGGUUUCGAGAGCGUCAGAACCUGUCGGGAAAGAGUCCGAAUCGGAUUCGGACUCGGACAAGGGGAGCUCCGACACUGUGGGUAAAAACCCGAGGGUGGUUGAGUCAUCGGAACCCAGUCGGAGAUCGAAAGCGGACGAGUCGUCCGAGUUGCGAGACUCGGCGGCUCAGUCGAAGGGAGAGACGAGGGAAAGCGGGGAGGUGCAGAGCUCGGCGAGCUUGACGAGGAAGAGGAACGGGAAACGACGUCGGAGGAAGGAGGUUAGCGACGGUAGCAGCGGCGGCGAGGAGGCUUCGGAGGCUCACGAGGAAGUGUCGGCUCGUUCACGGCCUUUGUUUGGGCUUCUGCAGACGGUCCGAACCCAUCAACACGGCUCAUUGUUUGAGCGCCGGCUUCAAAGCCAGGAAACUGACGGGUACAACAACAUGAUCCGUAAGCAUUUGGAUCUAAAAGCCAUUGAAACAAAGCUUCAGAAAGGCUCGUAUUCCUCAUGCGCCUUGGCAUUCUACAGAGACCUCCUCAUUCUCUUUACCAACGCCACCAUCUUCUUCCCCAAAUCCUCUUUGGAAUCCAUAGCUGCCUAUGAACUUCGACAGCUCGUUUCAAAGGAGUUGAAGAAGAACACUCGCGCACCGGGACCCGACCCUUCACCGGAACCCUCAGAAUCUUUGCCUCCCACAAGUCCUUCCCAUACCAAACUUGAAACGUCCGACCUUUUUCUUCCCAAAAACAAGCCAAAUGUUCCCAUCAUUGUUUGUCGGAAACGAAGCUCUAUUUCAUCAAAACCUUCAUCUUCCAGCUUUGCUCAAAAGGAGGAACAACAAAGUGAUGAAAAGAAACCGGUCCUUGAUCUUAAGCCACCUGUUAUUAAUCCCAAAGAGAAGCCCGUUACUGGAACCAGAAGUUCCAGAAGAAGCAAAGAGAAUGUAACAAACAGUAGUGCUGCUCCCGCCAAGAAACAGAGUAGCACAAACCUUGGAAAAAUGGAGAAGAAGAAACCCGAAGCAUUGCCAAUAGAGAAAAAGCGUAGUGCGGCUGAUUUCUUGAAGAGGAUCAAGCGGAAUUCAAGAGGUGAAGGGAGUGGUGGAGAGCAGAAAGGGAAAGAUGGAGAGCAGAAAGGCAAAGACUCUGGGAAGGGUGAAAAAGGGAAAGAGAGGGUGUUGAGGCCAAAUGGUGAUAGGAAAGCUGCGCACAAGGAGAAGAGCAGUCCAUCGAAGCGGAGCGUUGGAAGGCCACCCAAGAAGGCAGCUGAGACCAAUGCGGUUUCUUCAAAGAGGUCGAGGGAAGGCGGUGGAAAGGAGACUUCCAAGCGGCCAAGGAAACGGUCUAGGAGGUAGAUCGGAUUCUGGAUGGACUUACUGUAAAUUGUUAUAACAUUGUACUAGUUAGUUCUUUAAUUAACAGUUGUAGACACUUGCCAUGUAACACAGAACCUCCUUUUCUUAAUAGUUAGUCUCCUCAUUGAUUA